AUCCGCUAUGAACCUCGUGCGCCACAGUGAAUUACAGCAGCUUGUUUCUUCUUUUCUAUUGACUUUUGUGUUCUCCAUGACUACGUGUACAAAGCGGUGCUUCUUCUUUUCUUCAAAGAGCAUCUCUGCUUCACUUGCUAGAGCUAACUAGACUAGCUAGUACGAGUAGGCUACCGAUCGCCGCCGAUCGCUGGUCAAUAUCAACAUCAAAUAAAGAGUGUGUGGCUGUAACCAUGAGUAAGAUGGCCGCGUCCGAUCUGGUGUCGGAAGAAGGGGACGUCCAAUCCAAUCCAAAAGCGGAUCCAAAAGCAGUGACUCCCUCGGACGAUGAAGAAGUCAACUUUUUGAUGGACGUCGUGGCUGCGAGGAUUGACGCUCACAGAACUGAAGAAUCGAAGUCGUCCUGCUUAAUUGAAAAUCAAAAGAGCACAUCCAUUGCAAAUACUGACGACAUGACAAAACCGUUGAUACUAGUAGGAGGAAAAGGCCAGCAGCAAAAAGAAUUGCAUUCUGCCAAGCAGGGCUCCCAUGGAACUUCUAGUAAUGACGUGAACGACAUUCUAAGGGUUGAUCGGAAGCUACAACAAGAAUAUCAUGGAACUGAUAAUGACAUGAAUGAGGCUGACAUGCUAAGCAUUGAUCAAAAGCUACAACAAGGAUAUCAUGGAACUGAUAGUGACAUGCAAAUGCUGGACCAGAAGCUACAACAAGGGCACUAUGCCAAUCUUAACCCAAGCAGCCAACCAUCACAAAGCCAGGCAACAGAGAAGAGCCCAGGAGCUCCCCCUCAACAACAAACACAAGAACUUGCGGAACCAGGAGCCUAUGCCUUUGCACCAACACCAUCCAACAACAAUGAUGCCGAGAUAAUUAUUGAUGAAACUAGGCGUGACAUUGAACCAACACCACCCGAACAGGUCAGCUCUGGUUUGGCAGUUGCAAGAGAGGUGCAGGAGGAUCCGGAAGAUUCAAGAGACUUGCCACAAGCAGAAGAGUAUACUGAGAAUCGAGCGUCUCGGAAAAGGACCACACAAACCCAAGAGUCAAAUAAGCGGAUUGCACUGGUUCUUGGCUUCGGCCUCUGUCUUGUUGUUUUCAUUGUACUACUUGCGGUCCUGUUGGGGAAAACAGGUGAUGGAAAUGAAGCUACGCCAGCCAUGGAGCAUGUUGAACCCAACAAAGAAAAUGACCUUACGGACUUUAGCAUGGCCCCAAGUGCAUCUCCUGUCUUUGAACAGCUCCUGAGCUACUUCCCAAACUACACUAUCCAGGCAUUGGAGGACCCAGAGUCUCCGCAAUCCAAAGCAUUGGAUUGGAUAUUGGAUGAUCCAGAUCUAACGGAAUAUGUUGAUUUGGAAUGGAGGGUGAAGCAGCGAUUUGCCCUGGUGGCAAUGUUUCACUCUACCAAUGGCUUCAACUGGACCUACUCUGAUAACUGGCUGAGUUAUAGCCACCAUGAAUGUUUUUGGUAUGCAAGUGGAUCCAUUCCCUUUGUGAUUCCUGGGUCUGGCGAGCACCAUUUCAGAGGCGAGUAUCAGAAUCCAUGUCAUCUCAGAAUCAAUGAUACAACUGCAAAUGGCACAAUGGAGGCAAUAAACUUGAUUGAGGUCCCAGCUGAAGGUUCCUACAAACAGCUGUGGUUCCACAUGAACAACUUGGAAGGCCCACUACCAGAAGAAAUCUACUGGCUGACAAAUUUGGAGACAAUGAGUCUCUUCUUCAAUAUGCUGGGUGGGCCCAUAUCCUCGCAGAUUGGUCAGUUGCAACAUUUAGAAGCGGCAAUCUUCAGCUUCACAGAUGUCACGGGGACUCUCCCCACUGAGCUUGGGAUGUUGAGUGACACUCUUACCUUCUUUCUCAGCGAGGUAACUCAACUCACUGGCACACUGCCUACUGAGAUUGGUAUGCUUUCCAAAGUGGACACAUUGUUGAUCGACGACAAUAAUUUCUCAGGUACCAUUCCAAUAGGACUGUUCCAACUCACCAAUCUUCAGAAUCUUUACUUGGAUCUGAAUAGUCUGACUGGGACUUUGUCAUCAGACAUUGGCUUGCUUCAAGACCUUGAGUGGGCUUUCUUUUUUGAUAACCUCUUAACAGGUACAUUGCCGACCGAACUUGGUCUUCUCAAUUCUCCCGUUAGACUCCUUCUGGAUAUGAAUCUUUUCCAUGGACCAAUUCCUUCUGAACUCGGAAUGCUGAACAGUUCAGAACUCUGGGGUCUUGGUCUCAGUGACAAUCAAUUGGGCUCUUCCAUACCAACUGAACUUGCUUUGAUGUCAUCUGUACAAUGUAUCGAGCUACAGAACAACACUCUUUCAGGCCAAGUUCCAUCUGAGAUUGCAGCCCUGCCCCAUCUCACUCACUUUCUGGCACAGGAGAACAGACUCACUGGCACAAUUCCACAGGAGUUCAUCAACUUUCUUGAGACCAAUGGUACCUCCACCUUGAAUGUUUUCAAUUUCAGCAAAAAUUUGCUGGAGGAACAAGAUGAUUCUUGCUGGGUUAAUGAAACCUUCCAACAGACACCGUUUCUUUGCCAUGAAUUCAACUCCGUUCCACAUUGCGGUUGUAACUGCCACUGUUGAUUGGAUGGUAAGCAUGACUGGCUGGACAGCAAGUCAUUUUGAUCCAGUCUGAGCUGUGUUUGAGCUGGCAUGGGCCAGGCUUCGACAAGUGAACAAUCGCAACUAGCUAGGUAGCGGUAUCGUGAUGCGCUGCGAGAAGAUGCAACGCCGUUUAGCAUUUGACAUUCUAUCAUUUGUUUCGUGUUUUGUGCAAGAUGGUUGAAACCCGUAUCUAUUCGAAGCUUUUAUUCCAAUGAUUGGAUCCUACUAGUUCGAUUGAAGGAUUCGUUCUCCUCCUCCGAGCAUUCCUUCCUCUCACAGCUAGCUAGCGGAAGCCGCGGUGCAUUCUGACCUUCAUCCAGGGAACACCUGCAUCAGCACUGCUGGAGAAGGGUACUUUGAUUGUAGACCUUGAGUCAGUGUUGUUCAUUGAAGCAACUGGAGUGCUAGCUAGGCCCAUCAACCAUAACGACAAAUUUCUCUGCCAUCGCAAGCCAGUGGCAUGCUGGACAAACGAGCAGUAGGAGCCAAUGUAUUUGGCAUGAAGGAUCCGUUCAGAACUUCACGAGAAGCUCAAGACAGAAGACCUGGAUGAAAAGCACUAUCUUGGCAGACUGAAAAUUCCAUUUGUGGAGUUUGGGGUGACGGUACCGAUACUCUGCGAGGGAACCAUGGUAUUCGAUCGGUAUUGCGCAUAUGCUUCGAUAACUUUGGUUGCGCAUGUCCUGGCUUCUCUGGCUUGACUUAGCAUUCGGGGUGAAGGGAAAUCGAUAUUCAGAAUUCCGAUGUAAAAAUUUAGCGGAUCCUGAUCAAUACAAUGAGCAUCGUAUUAUGAAUGCGCAUGCCCCACUCGGACUCCCCAACUUUGUGUGCUUGUGUGCCAUUCCA